AUGCCUCUCCAAAAGCUCUCAGCACUCAUUGAUGCCAUCUGCAAUUUUGUCAUUUGCAAUGACUCCUCCCUCCGUAGCCAGCCAAUCAUCUUCAAUCCUGACUUCUUUGUGGAAAAGCUGCGCCAUGAAAAACCAGAGGUGUUCACAGAGCUGGUUGUCAGCAACAUUACCAGGCUCAUUGACUUGCCUGGGGCAGAGCUGGCCCAGCUGAUGGGAGAGGAGGACCCAAAGCUGCCUGGGACAAACAACACAGCCUCUGGAUUUUUUCGUUCUCUGAUGUCUCUGAAGCGCAAGGAGAAAGGGGUGGUGUUUGGCUCGCCACUGACAGAAGAAGGCAUUGCACAGGUUUCCCAGCUAAUCGAGUAUCUGCACAAAAAUCUAAGAGCAGAAGGCUUGUUUCGGGUGCCAGGCAACAGCAUCAGGCAACAGAUCCUAAAGGAUGCUCUGAACAGUGGUACAGAUAUUGACCUGGAUUCUGGGGAUUUUCAUUCUAAUGAUGUGGCCACCCUGCUGAAGAUGUUCCUGGGUGAAUUACCAGAACCGCUGCUGACACACAAGCAUUUCCAUGCCCACCUCAAAAUUGCAGACUUGACACUCUUUGAUGAGAAGGGGAAUAAGACCAGCACUCCAGACAAAGAGCGCCAGAUUGAAGCCCUCCAGCUGCUGUUUUUGAUCCUUCCUGCACCCAACCGCAGUUUGCUCAAACUGCUGCUGGACUUGCUCUACCAGACCGCCAAAAAGCAGGACAAGAACAAGAUGUCUGCCCACAAUCUUGCCCUCAUGUUUGCACCCCACAUCCUGUGGCCCAGAAAUGUGACAGCAAAUGACCUUCAGGAGAAUAUCACAAAGCUUAACAAUGGAGUGACUUUCAUGAUCAAACACUCUCAGAAACUCUUCAAGGCCCCAGCAUACAUCCGAGAGUGUGCCAGGCUGCACUAUCUGGGAUCCAGAGCCCAUGCAUCAAAGGAUGAUCUGGAUUUGCUGACGUCUCCUGGCUCCAAGGAACUGCAGCCCCUCAAGUCUCAGAAGCGAAGCCGUCUGGACUCUUGCCAUCAGGAGGAGACCCAGCAGCGCACAGAGGAGGCACUGAAGGAGCUCUUCCGCCAUGUCCACAAUAUGCCUGACUCUGCAAAGAAGAAGAAACUUCUCCGGCAGUUUAAUAAGCAUUCCACAGCUCUCACUCCUGGCUCUGACGUACUCGCGUCCCCGGCACCACGGCGCGCCCGCUCCCGCUCCUUCAGCGGCCUCAUUAAGCGGAAGGUUUUGGGAACCCCAGUUAUCCUGGAGAGGAAGAGCAGGGAUGCAACACCAGAGCCUGAGCGAGUCAGCAAAGAGAACAUUCACCUGUUACAGAAAUGUGGAUCUCCAGCUCAUAUGUCCCAAGCAAAGCUGAAAUCUUUGGAGGGCCAGAAGGAGGAACCCUGCAGACGCAUCCGAGGCCACCUGCUUUCCAAGGAUUCAUCAUCCCUCUGA